AUGAUGUGUCCUGUUGAGCUGAAGAAUUACAACUCAGCCAACAAAAGUGAGUGUGAGGUCAGUCAAACUUUGAGAAUAAUAUCGGUCCACUUUUUCAACUUUUCCAAUCUUUUCAACAUCAAAUUUUCAAAUGUGGACUUGUACAAGCUUGUGAGGCUGAUAGUUCAUCUGAUCGCUCUAUUCAAAAAUGUUUUAGACAAACAAUCAUCAAAGAAUCUAUUAGAAAAGGACGCCCUUCGUGGUUCAGCAACCUUUGCGGAGAAAGUUAAUUCAGGCCAACAUGUCGAAAACUGUUUCCAAGAGACCGACCCAACAUCUGGAAGAUACGAUGCAGAAGGCACCAAAGAAAACAUGGUUGAAGUUGAUCGAUGUUUUCUUAAUAAAAUUUCCAGAGAUUGUGAAAUUAAAUUUUCAAAAGUUUACAUCCUUUUGUGUUUGGCAAAAAGACCUUUAACACAUUUUUAUAAUCCAACUACAGUUUUUGAGUCAUUUUUUUCUAAAAUUGUACCCAUGUGGAACGACAUAUCUCUCAGACUAGCCAAUAUAUCUCGAUGA